AUGUCACCUCAAAGAUCCUUGACACCACCACCAAUUGCCUGCAAAGGUGUCUUGAUCACUAAUGAGUCUACAAAAAACAAGCGCAAGCUUAUCUUUGUUACGAUUCUCUGUCUCUGUUUCUUUACUGUGGAGAUGGUGGGUGGCUACUUUGCUAGAUCGCUUGCACUAAUGAGUGAUGCCUUCCACUUGUUGUCAGAUGUUGUUAGCUUUAUGAUCUCGUUGGUUGCCAUCUGGCUCUCGGAACAGCCUGCAACUAAACGCCACUCUUUUGGAUAUCAUCGUGCAGAGGUCCUUGCUGCACUGAUGUCUGUAUUUAUCAUCUGGAUCCUAACAGCCUUCCUGUUAAUGGAAGCUGUUGAGCGCAUCAGGAACCCAGAGACGAUUGAUGGCAAGACAAUGUGUCUGGUCGCCAGUAUUGGUGUAGCUAUCAACAUUAUCCAUGAACAUAACCAUGAGCACAACCACUCUCAUUCACACGACCAUGGCGAUAGUAAUGCUUCUAAGGCUGCUGCUGCGCAAAAGAAGGAGGUCAACAUCAAUGUGAAGGCCGCAACUCUGCAUGUUAUCGGCGAUUUGAUUUCAUCUGUUGGUGUACUGGUUGCGUCAAUUGUCAUCAUGGUCAAGCCCAGCUGGACGAUUGUUGACCCAAUCUGUACGGUGUUUUUCUCGAUCCUGGUGCUGUUCACAACUUAUCGUCUUGUUUGGGACAGUCUUGGUAUUUUGAUGGAGGGUACACCCACACAUAUUGACCCUGAAGAAAUUGAAAAGAGCCUUCUCGACAUUCCUGGUGUGACCCUUGUCCACGAUCUGCAUGUCUGGAACUUGACAGCUGGCAAAUUGGCGCCCAAGAGUCUGGUCACAAACCAGGGCCUGACGAUGGCAGACUAUGAUCGCAUCUUGACAGAGGCUCAGAAUCUGGUUUGUGGACGGUUCCAGAUUCAUCAUUCGACUAUCCAGCUCGAAACCUCCUCGAAUUCAAGCGAGCACUGCAGGCCUGACAUGUGCUCGAAUGAACCUUCAUCCUACGCUGCGGUCGCUGUAGGACGUGGCUAUAAUGCUGUUUAA